AUCUUCUCUUCCCCGUGAAGAACUAAUCCAAUCCAGUGUGUUAAUAAGAUCAACCAUGAUCCUGAAUGCUUCAGAUGUCGACUGGGUGGAGUCUUCAGGUGAGGAGCCUUUCUAUGUUGUGGAUGACCUGCCAAGCACCUCUCCUUCUCAGCUCCCACCCCUUACGGUGUGGGGCGUGGCUCUGUGCAUAUCUGGAACCGUCAUCGCCAUGGAGAAUGCAAUAGUAGUGACCACCAUCUUGGCUACACCAUCUCUUCGCGCCCCUGUGUUUCUGCUGCUGGCGAGUUUAGGACUUGCUGAUUUACUCGCAGGUGUAACUCUGAUUCUGCACUUCCUUUUCUUGUUUUGUGUGGAGCCAAGUGAUUGGUCAGAACUGCUCAUUUCAGGACUGCUGGUCACAUCAUUGACUGCCUCUCUCUGUAGCCUGAUGGGUGUGGCCCUGGACCGCUACCUGUCUUUGAGUCAUGCCCUCACCUAUGGAUCGGGCCAAUCACGACGCCGUGCUGCCGGCCUCCUGCUGCUGGUCUGGCUGGGGGCCUGUGUGAUAGGCGCUGUUCCUGCAAUGGGGUGGCACUGCCUGGAAGAGCCACAAUCCUGCUCCGUAGCACGACCUUUGACCAGGACAUACCUGUCCCUCUUGUGUGGAGGCUUCCUGUUGGUUGUCAUGGUAACUCUGCAACUGUAUGCUGGAAUUUGCCAAGUAGCAAGGAGACAUGCCCAUGCCAUAGCAACACAGAGGCAUUUCUUGCCUGCCAAUCAGCCAUAUGCAAGCAAACAUGGCAAUGGGAGAGGCUUCUCUCGCCUCAUCCUUGUGCUCAGUGUAUUUGUGGGGUGUUGGAUGCCUUUUUCUCUGUGGGGGCUUCUGGGUGAUGCAUCGAGCCCACCACUGUACACAUAUGCUACCCUGAUGCCAGCUGCGGGCAGCUCCCUGUUGAACCCUCUCCUCUAUAGUUUGAGGAACAAGGAUAUUCGCAGAGUGCUGCUGCAGGCCUGCUGCCCCCACAGAAAUACACAAAGCACACAUGUGCACUACCCAGUGGAUGUGUAAACUGCCAAAAACUCAAUCUAUGCCAAAUAUUUUCUGUUUGAAGGCCAGGACAAACACAUAGCUGCGCUAAGUUUUGUCCAGAACGAGCAGUCUCUCCUCCACACACACAAACACACCCACACACACAGACAGCAUCCAUUUGCAAACCAGAAUGUACUGAACUGUCCUGGCAGGUGGCCAUCGCAGAGAGAGUACUGUGGGUGCCAUGAAGACUUGUGUGUACUUUGUGCCUCAUCCUCAGUCAAUUGUAGCUCCACUGGAACAGUCACUUAUACUAUUCUUUAUAUCCUCCUCUAAAAGUGGAGUGUCUUUGGUCCUUAAAAAGCCUAUCAUAGCGUACUGAAAGUGAUCCAGAUGUUAAUUACUUGAAGGCCUGUCUAACAGUGUUCCUAAAUGUUUGAAAUACUAUUUUGCACAUAUUCUUUGAGGCACUUUGAAACAUACUGAUCAUGUUGUUGCACAACCUUUUUGAAAUGAAUAAAUAUUUUAU